AUGCACCCCCGGCGGCUGUUGACGCGGGCCCGGGUUUUACCCAGCCAACACCUACCAGACGGCACCCGGCCGUCAACCAUCGAUACCCUGAACUACAAUCACUCGCCCGACACGCCAACACGAUCAAUAGCACACAAAGAACUCAACAACUUGGACUCCACCCCCAAAACCCUAGACCACAGCAACAUCAACCGUUAUCCCCGCCACCCAAGCCCUAUAGCUGGAUGCUCGUGGCACCCAGUACGGUUUCACUACGGGAACAGCGAUUCGAACGAGCCGCAACGGAACAUCAAUACCUGUUCCACUAGUUCGUCAGCAGAAUCCGUUUGUUUGGAUUCACACCAGAUCAGCAAUAACAACAAAAACGCAUACAUAAAAAAAGCCCCCCUCCUCGCGCCGCCCCCGACUCGGGAGGUGCCGGAAACAUCCGAUGAGUCCCCGACGGUUGCCGGCGCGGGGAACCCGGGGCUUCCUCGGGUAAGCUGUACCAACCCCAUAACCCGACCGGAUCCAUCUGUCGCACUCUUCUCCUCUACAGAGUUCCACGGUACAAAAUCAGCCGCAUCAUUGCAGAACGCCAGCGUUACCAAAGAAAGCAACAGACUUCAAUCCACCUACAACACAACUUGCUCAUCGUGCACCAAAAAAGCCCACCUCCCCGCGCCGCCCCCGACUCGGGAAGUGCCGGAGACAUCCGAAGAGUCCCCGACGGUUGCCGGCGCGGGGAACCCGGGUCCCUCCCGGCUAAAGGAUCGAACCAGAGCUGACCUUCCGUCCGAGCUGGUAAAACUGGACACCGACCUGAUCGUCGUCGCCAGAAAGAUCAAUUUUCCCAUAAAAUGCACGGUGGCAUCCAUAUACAUCCCCCAAGAAGUAAAAGACGUCGGAAACAAAUUGCGGAAUCUGUUCAAGCAACUGCAGACCCCGUUCAUACUAAUGGGUGACUUCAACGCGCAUCACACAGUGUGGGGAUCAAAAAGGUGUUGCCAUCGUGGCAACGCCAUUAUCGACGCAGUUGAAGAUAGCGAUGCCGUGACGCUAAACGAUGGCAGUAUAACCUUUCUCCGGGGCCGAGCCACAUCCGCCAUAGACUUAACUAUAUGCUCUAGCUCCAUCGCCGGAGCCUGCGGAUGGUCGGUCCUAGCCGACAUCGGGAACAGUGAUCAUCUUCCUAUCACAAUCUCUCAUGGUCGAUUGCCCCCAUUAACGUCGCGACGCCGCCGUUGGAUCUACGAUCGAGCGGAUUGGCCCACCUACGAAGACAACAUUUCGGACGCCCUCGAUCGAGACCGCAAUUACUCCCCAGAGGAACUUGUAGAAGUUAUCACUCAGGCCGCAAAAUCAUGCAUCCCGCGAACUAGCGGAGCACCGCCAAAUCGGUCGGUUCACUGGUGGAACCCAGAAGUAGCGAAGGCAAUUAAAGAACGACGAAAAGCUCUUCGAGCUCUUAAAAAUACUCCCCCUGACCAUCAUCAAUGGGAUGAGCGAUCGGCGGUUUUUCGACAUUUUAGGAAUCAGACCAGGCAAGCCAUCGCGAAAGCCAAGGAGGCCAGCUGGACAGCCUUCCUGGGCGGGAUAAGUUCCGAUUCGUCGACCGCGGAACUGUGGAGAAGGGUAAAUGCCCUUAGUGGCAAAAGAAGACAAAACGGUUUUGCACUAUCGCUCAAUGGUACCACGACAGUUGAACCUUCCGAAAUUGCAAACGAAAUCGGGAAGCACUUCGCAUUGAUCUCGGGGGACUCUUCCCUCCCACCCUCCUUUCUCAAAACGAAGACGGCCACAGAAGCUACUCCUACAAUCUUCACGCCAGAUGCGAGUCAAAAUUACAACAUACCUUUCUCCGGGGUGGAACUUGCCACUGCACUAAGCACAGCAAAAGGCAACUCUGCCGGAUUCGACGACGUCGGUUAUCCCCUGUUAAGACAUCUACCUCCAGUUGCCAAGCGAGCGCUACUAGACGGAUUCAACAGGAUCUGGGGAGGCGAGCCUCUACCAGACAACUGGAGAACCGCCCUCAUGAUCCCCAUCCCGAAGAAAUGCGAAGGAACCAGAAGCCCGAAUGACUUCCGACCCAUCAGUCUUCUCCCCUGCAUUGGGAAAACGAUGGAAAAAAUGGUGAACAGACGCCUGUUAACCCUCCUCGAGGAACAAGAUCUUCUUGAUCGUCGGCAGUUCGCUUUCCGAAAGGGACUCGGUACAAGUGUUCAUUUAGGCUGCCUCGGCGAAACUUUAAGCGACGCCAUAGCCAACGACCUUCAUGCGGACAUUGCCAUCCUUGAUCUCGCCAAGGCAUACAACACGGUAUGGCGCGAAGGAGUGCUUCGCCAGCUGCAUCAAUGGGGCAUCCGCGGAAACCUCGGCUGCUUCAUAAAACAAUACCUUAGUGAUCGAAGCUUCAGGGUGGGUAUCGGAGGAAACCAAUCGGACCUAUUUUGGGAGGCAAACGGGGUACCCCAAGGAUCGGCGCUGGCAGUUACACUAUUCCUAGUCAGCAUGAACUCCCUCUUUGCCACGCUCCCGAAAGGCAUAUUCGCAUUCAUCUACGCAGACGAUGUGAUUCUUGUAGCGAUCGGGAAAACGACCGGCCGCACCAGAUUGAAGCUGCAGGCUGCCGUAAACGCCGUUGGUCGGUGGGCCAACUCGGUCGGUUUCAGCAUCUCCGCCCCAAAAUGCGCUAUUUCACACUGUUGCAACUCUUACCACUUAGCCACCGACCGGCCGGUCAAACUCGCUGGAACAGUAAUACCAUUCCGUAAAGAGCCAAAAAUCCUUGGCGUGAUAAUCGACCGUAAGAUGACUUUCCUUCCACACUUUCGACGGGUGAAAAAGGAUUGCGAAAGCAGGAAACGUCUUGUCCGCACCAUCAGCUCGAGACACCCAAGGUGGAAUAGGCAAAGCGCACUUAACAUCAGCCAGGCCCUCAUCCACAGUCGUCUGUUCUAUGGCCUUGAAAUAACCAGUCGUAACUGGGAGGGUUUAAUCGAUACCCUCGCACCGCUGUAUCACGGAGCAAUCAGAUCAGCCUCAAACCUUCUGCCAAGCACCCCCGCCGAAGCUGCCUGCGUCGAAACCGGCGUCCUUCCCUGUCGGUGGGCAGUGGCAGUAGCCGUUCUAAGACGAGCCAUGGGGUUCCUAGAAAAAACAUCGGAUGAUGAAUGCCAUCUACUACAGACAGCUAAGAGCAUACACACCAUGUUUGCCAAUGCCCCUCUUCCCACAGUCGCCCAGCUACAUCGGGUCAACAACCGCGCAUGGCACGAGCGCGGCCCAAACAUAGACAUCAGUCUGGCUGUAUCCACCAGAGCAGGAGAUCCUCCCCGGGCUGCCAGAGCCAAAUUCCUACAGAUGGUCGAUCAAAAAUACUCAAACCAUCUGCACAUCUACACCGACGGCUCGAAACUUGGCGAGGCGGUGGGCGCGGGUGUGAGCGGAAUCGGAGCGGGCCUUGCCCGUCGUCUACUCUCCGUGUGUUCCGUGUUCUCCGCGGAAGCCGCCGCCAUCGUCAUUGCGGUUACCAACAAACCUGAAGACACACCCACAGUGAUCUUCUCCGAUUCCCUCUCAGUCAUCAAAGCGCUGGAAUCAGGGGAAUCCAAGCACCCCUAUGUCCAAGCCAUAGAACAAUCCUGUGACUCAUUAACUACCAUAUGCUGGGUACCCGGACACAGCGGAAUCCGCGGUAACGAGGAUGCUGACCACUUGGCCGCGCUCGGCCGACGCUCUCGCGCCCUGUUCUCUAAUGAGGUACCGUCAUCCGACAUCAUCAGGGAAUUCAAGGCGAAGACCUCUGAGCACUUCAUCACUCACUGGAGGACUCUCCGAGGCUACCCUCAAAAGGUAAAGGGAGACCUCGAAAAGUGGACAGACCGCGAAAACCGAGUCGAACAAAGAGCGCUAUCCCGCCUCCGCGUGGGUCAUACGAGGCUCACCCACGCCCACACCAUUACCCGCGUCGAUCCUCCAAUAUGUACAUCUUGCAGCAUUAAACUCACGGUGGAGCAUCUACUAAUAAACUACAGGGAGUUCGACAACCUACGACGACAUCAUAACUUGCCCUCCUCGAUUCGAGAAACACUGGCAAACGACCCAGUGCACGAAGAGGCACUACUUGCCUUCCUGAAAGAUGCCAAUCUUUUCGAAUCCAUCUGA